GUUGUUUGACCUACCAUCCGGGAGUGGUAAAUUUCUCCUCUAACAAUGAGAAGAAGGCAACUCAUAGAGUAAGUGAACCGAAGUAACAAAGGUGACACGCCACCCGCUUCAGUCUUCACUUACAAAAAAGUAGAGACUAGAGAAGGCGGCGAAGAAGACUGCGUUUGUGGAAGAGGUGCCGGGGUGGCAUUCAGAAAAGCAAUCAAUGAAAUCGGAAAAUGUACAACUGAUUAGGUAAAUAUUGACAUUGAAUUCCUCGAUUUGAAGAAAAAAUUUCGCUUGUAAUAAGAGUAGUAUAGUAGUUAAGUGAGAAGAUGAGCUGGCCCUCGCCGAUGGAGUUUCAUUAUGCAAACUCUGCCCCUGGCAUGCCUUAUAAUUCAAUUGGAAGCUUUGUGGAUUUCUUUGGAGGCCUUACUUGUGACCAUGUCAAUUUUAUUUUUGCAGAGGCUCAUCCUUAUGCACAGGAUAGUGUAUACCCUUCGAUGAACACCAGUUUCCACAAAUUUGCAUAUUCUGAACCUGGGAGUUUUUACUGUGACUAUGGUCAUGGUUAUGUGAUGAAUGAUCAUACUCAAACAUCUGAAAUCGGUGAAUACGGUAGGAAUUUAGAGGAUCCUUCAAGCAUGAUCCAAGAACAAACUGGAGCUGAUCACAUGCAGCGAGAGGAGAAUUCAAUCUCCCCUUCACAUGCUAAUCCUGUGGAGUGUCCUCGAAGUCAUCAGAAUACUCGUGAUUAUGAGGUCGUUUGGCAAGACAACAUUGAUCCUGAUAACAUGACGUAUGAGGAGUUACUUGAAUUGGGUGAAGCUGUUGGCACUCAAAAUAGAGGUCUUUCGCAGGAACUUAUUUCCUUGCUUCCAGUCUCCAAGUUCAAGUGUGGCUUAUUUUCACGAAAGAAAUCAAGACAUGAGAGGUGUGUUAUCUGCCAGAUGGAAUACAAGCGAGGUGAUCGGCAAAUGACUCUUCCAUGCAAGCACAUGUAUCAUGUAGGUUGUGGCAGCAGAUGGCUUAGCAUCAACAAAGCUUGUCCAAUUUGUUACAAAGAGGUUUCGCUUAAUGGAUCGAAGAAAUAAUCAGCAUAGAGUGGUUCUUUUCUUUGUUGUUCUGAGGUUACAGCACUGCCUAUUUCUUCUCCUUUUUCUUUUUAUAUAGUGUCUUUAUUUUCCUUUCAUAAUCUCACUUUCCAGUAUAAAUAGGUCAUUCGUCGUGACAUGAUAUUUGUAUCAGCGAAGUUGGUUUUUUUUUAUUAUUAUUAUUUUUGUGGAAAAGAGCGAAGUUGGUGUUUGUACAA